AUGAUACAUUCCUCAGAGAGCACUGAGAGUAACCAGGAAUGGGAUACUUCAGGAAAGAACAUUGAGGACAUUAUGGAGGUACUCCAAGCUGCUGAUCAGUUGUCAACAGAUAAUGUCUUUAAAACUCUCAAGUCGCUGAAAGUUAAAAUCCUAAACAACAAGAUGGUACCUCCACUAUGCCAGAAGGUGACCGAUAUCUUCGUUGACUACCUGAGGACCAUGAAGCCGGAGGGAGAACUGGAGGAGUUGUGUACUACAGUCCUAAUGGCUCUGGGGUUCCAGUCUCCAGGAAUAGUCAUCUUCAAGCUGUGGGACAGAUGGCACAACACCUUGCCCCCAAACUGCCUCCUGACUGCAGUGGGGAGACUCAUCCACCGCCAGGAUGCAGCUUCAUAUGUUGGGGUCACAUGGGAAUAUAUCCUGCGCCUUCUGAGGAUGGCCCAAACAGAGGAUGAUAUGUUGGCAUUAUGUCAUGUGCUCAAAGGACUGGUCAUCAGUGCCCGGAAACAUGUGGAUUUGUCCACUACAGAUGAUGAAAUAAUGGACAUCACAAAAGAGGCCGCGUCCUUCAAGGCUUAUCUCACCCUCAGGCUUCUCUUCAAUCGUUGGUCCCUAAAGACCAACAACAAGGUGGGAUUUGGAGGGUGA